UAUCAAUGAAAUUUGGCUGGUAAUAUUAAAUGACGAGGACAUAUUUUCCGGUUUGAACGAAUCACAUUUCUCUAAAGUAUUUAUUAGUACAUAUGACCUGAAGUGGAUGUAGUUAAGUACUUUAUAUAACAUGGAUGUGUCGUUUCAACCAAAUGAACAAAGAAAUACAAAUAUUUUCUUAUUUCACUGAUGGAAUACAUUGUACUAUCGGAUCUGGAAAAAACCAUGGCUAGCUGACUAUUCAUGAUGUAUAAUCAUAGCUAAGAAAUUUUACAAUGAGCUUGGAAAAAAACAGUAGACAGCUUGGCGAGGAUUUAUUAGAUGCCGCUCGAUACGGACACAUGGAGACGUUAAAGAGGUGUUUAAAACGAGGAGCAAAUGUAAACAAUCAAAACUGGAAUGGUAAAACUGCACUUCACCUUGCUAUAUUGAACAGUAAAACGGAAAUUGUAAAGUUACUGAUCGACGCUGGUAUUGAUGUCAAUAUACUUGAAAAGUGUGGUGACAAUGCACUGCACCUGGCUGCACAGAACGGAAACACAGAAACCGUCAAGUUGCUGAUUGACUGUGGUGUUGAUCUCAAUAUACAAGGACAGUUUGGUGACACUGCACUGCACCUGGCUGCACAGAACGGAAACACAGAAACCGUCAAGUUGCUGAUUAACUAUGGUAUUGAUCUCAAUAUACAAGGACAGUGUGGUGACACUGCACUGCACCAUGCUGCACAGAAAGGGAACACAGAAACCGUCAAGUUGCUGAUUGACGGUGGUAUUGAUCUCAAUAUACAAGGACAGGUUGGUGAUACUGCACUAUUCAUUGCUGCAUGGAAAGGGAACACAGAAAUCGUCAAGUUGCUGAUUGACGCUGGUAUUGCUAUCCAUUUACAGAAUCGGAAUGGUGAAACUGCACUUCACAUUACUGCAACUGCAUGGAACGGGAAAACAGGAAUCGUCAAGUUGCUAAUUGACGCUGGUAUUGAUCUCAAUGUACAGGAAAAGAACGGUACAACAGCACUUCACAUUGCUGCAUUGAACGGUAAAACAGAAAUCGUCAAGUUACUAAUCGACGCUGGUAUUGAUGUCAAUUUACUUGAAAUGGAUGGUUCUACUGCACUUCAUAGUGCUGCAGAUGGAGGACAUACAGAAAUUGUCCAUUUACUUAUUGCCAAUCGAAUUGAGAUCAAUUUUCAGACCAAGGAUGGUUCGAAUAUACUGUUUGACGCUGUAUGUAAAGGGAAUACAGUUAUUUUGCACUGGCUUAUUGACAAGGGUAUUAAUAUCAAUGUGCAGGACAAGAAUGGUAAAACUGCUCUUCACAUUGCUGCACUUAAUGAGAAAACAGAAGUCGUCAAGUUGCUGAUUAAGGCUGGUAUUGAUGUCAAUUUACAGGAACAGGAUGGUUCGACCGCACUGCAUAAUGCUGCAUUUAACGAUUAUACAGAAAUAGUUCAAUUGUUUAUUGACAAUGGUUUAGUUAUCAAUCUUCAGAACGAGAAUGGUAAAACUGUACUUCACCUUGCUGCACUCAACGAGAAAACAGAAGUCGUCAAGUUUCUGAUUAACGCUGGUGUUGAUGUCAAUGUACAGGACAAGGUCAGUGAGUAAUUAAUCACACUGAAAAA